CCGCAUAACUCAGCGGCACUAAAGCGAGCUCGGAGCCAAAAAUGGCGACCUUGCAAGACGCCCUCACAAACGUGCGCUGCCUGGAGGCCCUGGCCCUGCCGGACGAGCAGCCUACCAUAGAGCCUGAGCCUGCAUCAGUCGUCUACGAAGUCUCCUUCGACACGAAUUUCGCCGACCGGACGGCUUUCAUUACGGGAAUCGGCAAGUACAACGAGGAGGCGACGAUAUGCUCUGGCCUGAAUGUCAUUCUGGACGAAGGAGAGUCCUACGCAGCCCUGCUCUACACAUGGAGGAGCAUGUCCAGAGCUGUGCCUGCCAUCAAGAACCAGGAGCAGGCCAAUCGUAUGGAGAUCUACCAGAAGACAGUCUCAAUCCUGGGUCCAGAAGUCAACAAGGCCAAGGAGAUGAUGCGAUUUGUCUUCAGUGCCUCGACAAGGUUCUGUGACGAGGUCCGCACGCUGGCUCACCCGGAAAAGAGAAAGGACUUCAUUUCGGAGACGUACCUGCUCACACUGGCCAAGCUCAUCAACAUGUUUGCCACACUGGAUGCUCUCAAGAACAUGAAGGCUUGUGUCAACAAUGACCUGGCCUGCUAUAAGAGAGCUGAAGGAAUUCUCAACAGAGGCAACGUGGAUGCCUUCUCCCUCCAGGAAUCCCAGAACCUGUCCAUCUUCUUUGCCACCAAUAACAGUGUCACCUCUCACCUCAAGAAACAACUGGAAGAGGUCAGUGGAUAUGAGGACAUACUGGUGGAGACCAUGAACCUCUGUUGCCAAUACUUUGAGCAGCACGUGUACAUGGUCCCCAAGGAAAAGUACAUGCUCAUCAAGGCGGUUGGCUAUGGUCUGGUGCUACUGGACGGGAAUGUCGUCAAUAUCAACAAACUGCAGAAAAAACUGGUCCUCUCAAGAAUCGACCGUCUAUUCAGACAACUGCCAGUGGCCCCACUGUACGGAGACGUCCAGAUUCGGUUUGCGGACUGGGUGCGGCAGCUGGUUCACUACGACCCGUCCAAGUGGACGUGCACCACGGAGCACAUGGAGGAGAGGGCCACGGUCGCCAUCCAGUCACGGGUGGAGACCAUCCGCUCCGACCACGUCCGCUUCAUCUCUGACCUCGCCAGAUACAACAAUGAGAUCAUAACUAGUGGGAGUUCUCUCUCAAUGACCAGACAGCGGCCCACCUCACAGACAUGGCCUCUCAGGGAAUCAAACUCCUCACUAAUUGGACCACCGCUGUCAUGGAACUGUAUUCGUGGAAGUUACUUCACCCUACCAACGAAUAUGACAACAAAGAGUGCCCCAAGAAUGCAGAGGCCUACGAACGGGCCACGAGGUACAACUACUCAAGUGAGGAGAAGUAUGCGUUGGUGGAGGUGAUUGGGAUGAUUAAAGGGUUGUCCCUCCUGAUGCACCGCAUGGAGCACCACCUCUCGGCCGGGAUUCGACACCACAUCUACUAUUUGGUCCAGAGGUUUGUCCAGGUGUCUAUCAGAGACAGCAUCAGGAAGGCCGUCAAGGGAAAGAAACUACAGACCAAGACAAUCCUGCUGGCCAUCCGAGACGUGUGCAUCGACUGGCUGGACGGGAAGGAGAGAAACGAUGACCCUGCUCUGAGAGGAGAGAAGGAUCCCAAGUCCGGGUUCCAUCUCGAGGUCCCUCGCAGAUGCAUCGGCCUCUCCAGUACACAGGUCAGCUUUACUGUACUACCAGACCUUCCUUUCAUCUCCCUCACAUUGUACAACAUACUGCUGUAUACCCCAGUGUUCAUAUGCAAGUCCAAAGCUCUGAGUCACUGUGCAUGUGCCAAAACCAGUACACAGGUC